ACUGUCGUCGCUUUUUUUAUUUCUUCAUACAUAACGGUGUUCGUAAAUACGUAUUCGUUGAAGUUCUAUUGACAUUGCAUUGUUCUUCUAAUCGAGAUGUCAUUCAAAGUGUGUGCAUCAAAAGAUGCAUCAUUGUUUAGCUUGUUUUUAUUUAAAUAUUUUGUAUUAUUGUGUGAUAUCUGUUAAAUAUUUAUAACCUAGCAAAGUCUCUUUUUCUUAAUGGUGCAUAUUGUUUGAUUUUGUUUCGUGAUUGAGUAAUUUUUUGGUGAUAUUUUUUGAAAGAAACAUGUAAUGCGCGCAUUAAAAGGUGGAAAAAAACGAGUUGUAUUCCUUUUUACACAGUCACAACUACAAAUAAUAUUAUCAACAUUGAUAAAGAAAAUGUUGCAUCUACGCCAAUAUGGAUUACGAUUAUAUAGCACGUCUGCUGCAACUUCAACCACUAAAGCAGGAAAACUCUUAGAUUCUAUUAUAAGAGUGAAUCAUGCUGGAGAAUUGGCGGCUGAUAGAAUAUAUGCAGGGCAAAUGGCUAUUUUGGGCAAUACUCCAAAAGGUCCGAUGAUUCAGCAUAUGUGGGAUCAAGAGAAAAAACAUCGUGCUAAAUUUGAAGAAUUAAUUCGAAAGUAUCGUGCACGACCCACUGUAUUUGUACCUGUUUGGAAUAUAGCUGGAUUUGUUCUUGGUGCUGGAACAGCAUUAAUGGGAGAGAAAGCAGCUAUGGCGUGUACUGUAGCUGUCGAAACUGUCAUUGUAGAGCAUUAUAAUGAUCAAUUACGUAAUUUAAUGGAAACGGGUGAAGUCAUAGACAAAGAAUUAUUAGAUACGAUUAAAACUUUUCGCGAUGAGGAACAAGAGCAUCACGAUACGGGAUUAGAACAUGGAGCUGAACAAACUCCUUUUUAUGGAAUAAUCACAGAUAUAAUAAAAUUCGGUUGUAAAGCCGCCAUUUCUAUUUCUAAAGUAGUAUAAAUUAUGUUAAUUUCAAUGGUAGUCUAUGUAUAUAUAGAAGUAUUUGUUACUCCUUUAAUGCCACAUGACUUUUAUUAAAUAAACAUUUUUUGUUAAUAGCUA